AUGCGCACUCUACACAACAUAGUUUUGAUAUUCAGUUUUAUUGUUGUCACUAAAAGUGACCAAAAAUGUCUAGAGCGGGAUCUAGGUAUCGAAGGCCGAUCGAUAGUUUGUGUCUGCAAUUCAGAAUACUGUGACACCAUCACGAGAGAUCCACCAGCCGCCAGCAGCUACGUCGCAUAUACGACAACAAGGGCGGGAAAGCGCUUUGAGAAGUCAAUUGGAAGAAUUCAAGCAUUUUCAAGGCUACAAAAACAGUUGAAUGUGCAAAGAAAUGAAGAAAAUGAAAAUGAAAGUCCUUUUUGGACAAGAACUACACUUGUUUUGAACCAAAAUAAUCGCUAUCAAACAAUCCAUGGUUUCGGUGGCUCCGUGACAGAUGCCGCAGCGUACAACUGGAACAAAUUGUCAGAAAGGACUAAACAUAAUUUUAUUAGUUCAUACUUUGCUGAAGAUGGGCUGGAAUAUAAUCUCAUUCGAACUCCGAUAGGAGGCGCUGACUUUUCCACACACCCCUACACCUACAAUGAGUAUCCACGGAAUGAUGCUGCGUUAACAAAUUUCACGUUUACUUAUGAAGAUUUAUUCCUCAAGAUUCCGAUGAUCAAAUACAUCCAAAGAGUGUCGAAACAAGAGGUUAAGGUGAUGGCUUCCACCUGGUCACCUCCAGUGUGGAUGAAAACAAACGAACAGAUCACUGGGUUCUCACAACUGAAACCGGAGUUUUAUCAGAGUUUCGCAGACUAUCACGUGAAGUUCAUGGAACUAUAUGAAAAAGCAGAAAUAGACAUAUGGGCUCUAACCACAACGAACGAACCUAUCAAUGGCAUCAUACCCUUCGUGACGUUUAAUUCCUUAGGAUGGUUUCCAGCUGAAAUGGGUCAAUGGGUUGGAAAGAAUCUUGGUCCAACAAUAAGAAAUUCUCGUUUUAAUAAAACAUUAAUUUUUGCUGUGGAUGACCAGCGCUAUCUCCUACAUUUCUACUUAUUGGGGAUGGAAAAUGCCGAUAGCGACUCAAUAAAAUACAUAGAUGGAAUCGCGGUUCACUACUACGGAAACUUUGCGCCUGCAACUAUUUUUGAUGAUCUUCAAUCUAGAUACAAUAAAAUACUGUUAGCCACAGAGGCUUGCGAAGGUCCAAUGCCAUGGCAUAUUAUGAGAGUGAAACUAGGUUCUUGGGAACGUGCUCAUCGUUACACCAAAAAUAUUAUCGAGGACUUAAAUCAUCAUGUAACCGGUUGGAUUGACUGGAAUCUCUGCUUAGAUGAAAAAGGUGGUCCCAAUUGGGCCGACAACUUCGUCGACGCCCCCAUAAUGGUCUUUCCAGAAAGAGACGAGUUCAUUAAACAGCCAAUGUUCUAUGCAAUGGGCCAUUUCUCUAAAUUUAUACCUCGAGGAUCUCAAAGAAUAUCGGUUACUUAUCCAUUUUUGGAGUUUGGAAGAAUUGACAAUGUUGCUUUUAGAACGCCACAGGGAAAUAUAGUUUUGGUCCUUCAUAAUUCGAACACAUUUGAAAUGGAUGUCAGAAUAAAUGUUGAUGCCAUAAGACAUAUUCAAAUAAAGGCUGAAGCUGAAUCAAUUAUAACAUUGGAAAUAAAUACAAGCCUUUUUUAA